AUGGAUGAACAGAAAGCAACCACUAACUCCGUGGUCUCUCUGUGGUUACUCUGGUCUGGUGCUCAGCUGUCACUCUCCACAGACCCUUACAGCAGCAGCAUUUCGGAGGCUCCCCGCCCACAUGUGAGCGGCUCAGCUGAUGCAACCUGCAGGUAUAAAAACCCUCCGCUGCCCCUCAGCAGCCGCUCUGCUCACCUUAAUACAAUACAUGGAGAAGACACAGACCUCUCGCUUGGAGGAGAAACCGGAGCUUCGCGAACAGGAAUCAGGACGGUGUAUACCGCGGCUCUGCUCUUUUUGUCGGAAGAAGAAAGCGUCGUAGAGAUGAUCGGGAAGUAUUUCUCCCAGCUCACCUCCCCGGGCACGAGGAGCCCCUCAGCCCGGCGGGGGAGCGUCGAAAGCUGCGAUGAGACAGAAAACCCACCUUUUGCCAACAUGGACGCAGGUUUGGAGCAUGAAGCGCGGCUCCUUCGGCAGCAUGUGAUCCGGCAGAUCGAGCUCUGUCUCACAGAGGCUAAAGCUUCCACCCUCCACUGCCAGGUGCUGCUGCUUCCUCGCCAGAUGACUACAAGGGUGGGACAGGACGUGGUGCGCUCCUCAGCUGAUGAGCCCUGUGGGCUCCAGGGCGCCUGCAUCAAGGUCUACGUAGAGCACAAAGAUGGCCUGAAGUCUUUGGGGAGCAUCUUCCCAGACCCAAGUGUCACCCCAACAUUUGAACUGUCAGUGAUCUUCAAGGCUGACAAGGAGGACGGCUGGCCGGCCCUCAUGCACAUCUUUGACACCAGCAAAGUGUUAAAGCUGAGACCAGAGUACCGGCUGGUGAAGAGGAAGCUCUACUCCUCUGCCAGCCCGAUCAUUCAUGAUUUCAGCUAGAAUCUGAACCCAUCCAUUGUUCCCACUUCCCUUUUUUUUGUGUGAAGAUUAUUCUCAGCUUCAUCUUAAUGUACAGGCUACAUGUAACAAGGUGUGGCCUGUACUGCACUGGAAAAUGCUGGAGUUUCCCAAGGAAGUGGACUGUUCUUUAUGGCUGUCUUGGAGCACGAGGUCCCACUGCUUAUUUUCCUACUGUAGCCCACAUGACGACAGUAUUUUGCACAGAAAUGUUGAAUGUAGAAGUGUACACUGUAGACAUGAAAACUUCCUUGCAGGAAUGGGCAGGUCUCACUCCUGAGGUGUGCUGUACUUGUAUUAUUUAUGCAAUUGUAAAAUACAUUUUGUUUACACUAUAA